AUGGAGCGGCUGCUGCCGCUGCUGCUGCUGGCCACUGCGGCCGCGGGGGCGGACGAGAACCGCAUCGUGGGCGGGGCCAGGUGCGAGCGGCAGCGCCACCCGUACCAGGUGCUGCUGCUGCAGCCAGGGGGCGCCAUCCACUGCGGGGGGGUCCUGAUCGGCCGCAACUGGGUGCUGACCGCCGCCCACUGCCACACCGACAGCCCCCUGCGGGUCCUGCUGGGAGAGCACAACCUGAAGGAGCGCGACGGGGCGGAGCAAUGCCUCACCUGGGCGCGCGCCUUCGUGCACCCGCGGUACCUGCCCGGCCGCCAUGACAGUGACGUCAUGCUGCUGCGACUGAGCAGCCCCGCCCACCUGAGCCCCAGGGUGCGGCCGGUGCCGCUGCCCCGCAGGUGUCCCCAGGUAGGGGACAGGUGUGUGGUGUCCGGAUGGGGCAGCACCCGCAGCCCGCAAGCUCACCUGUGCUCACCUGUGCUCACCUGUGCUCACCUUUACCUGUCCAGCCCCCUGCGGGUCCUGCUGGGAGAGCACAACCUGAAGGAGCGCGACGGGGCGGAGCAAUGCCUCACCUGGGCGCGCGCCUUCGUGCACCCGCGGUACCUGCCCGGCCGCCAUGACAGUGACGUCAUGCUGCUGCGACUGAGCAGCCCCGCCCACCUGAGCCCCAGGGGUGACUCCGGGGGCCCUCUGGUGUGCGAGGGGUACCUGCAGGGCGUGGUCUCCUGGGGGCUGCAGGUGUGCGGCCAGCAGGGCAAGCCAGGUGUGUACAGCCGGGUCUGCGCCUUCACCACCUGGAUCCGCCGCACCAUCCGCGCCAACGGCGGCGACUGACGCACCUGGGCCCACCUGAGACACCUGGGGGGCUCCUUGACCUCACCUGUGACACCUGGGGGGCUCCUUGUGACACCUGGGGGGUCACCUGGGGGGUACCUGGAGCACCUGGGGCUCACCUGGAGCACCCGGGGGGCACCUGAGGGGCUCCUUGGCCUCACCUGUAACACCUGAA